AUGGGAUCUGGUAGUUCUGUAAAUGCCAACUACAAGUACUCCCUGCAGAAGUCUGAAAAUGCUUUCAAGGCAGCCGUCUUGAUCCAACGGUGGUAUCGGCGCUACGUUGCUCGGCUGGAAAUGCGCCGACGUUGCACCUGGAGAAUUUUUCAAUCCAUUGAGUACGCUUGCGAGCAGGACCAGAUCAAGCUCCACAACUUCUUCAGUUACCUCAUGGACCACUUCACGCCAAGCAGCAGUAAAGAGAGGGAUUUUAUCAGUCGCAUGUUUGUAAGUGGGGAAAGCUUCAAAGAGGCAGAGCUGGAAAAAUACUGUGACUAUGAAUCCAUGGAGGUGCCAGACUCCUACACUGGACCCCGUCUCUCUUUCCCACUCCUUCCUGACCAUGCAACUGCCUUGCUGGAAGCUUUUAAACAGAAACAACAGCUCCACGCUCGCUAUGUCUUAAACCUUCUACACGAGACCAGGAAGCACCUCAAGCAGUUGCCAAACAUCAGUCAUGUCUCGACCUGCUACAGUGAGGAGGUCACUGUGUGCGGAGACUUGCAUGGCCAGCUGGAUGACUUGUUCCUCAUAUUUUACAAGAACGGCCUUCCUUCCCCUUCCAAGUCCUAUGUGUUCAACGGGGACUUUGUAGACAGAGGCAAACAGUCUCUCGAGGUCCUCAUCAUCCUCUUUACCUUCCUCUUGAUCUAUCCGAAGGAGGUUCAUCUCAACCGCGGGAACCAUGAGGACCACAUGGUCAACUUACGCUACGGUUUCACCAAGGAAGUAAUGCAGAAAUACAAGGUGCAUGGAAAGAAAAUCUUGAAGAUGAUUCAGAAUGUCUUCUGCUGGCUGCCCCUGGCCACCCUGAUCGAUCAGAAAGUCCUCGUUAUACACGGCGGCAUCUCUGACACCACUGACCUGGACAUGCUUGAGAAAAUUCAAAGGAACAAACCCCGGCCAGCCCAGGCUCCCAGCAUGGCCAACAGGCUGGAGUUUUCCAGGUGGGUCCGGCAGACGGUGCAAGAGCAAAUUGAGUGGUGCCGCCGGCUGGUAGACAUCAGCGAGUCGGAGUCGGAGGAGCUCACCUAUUCCAGCAUGGUCUCCUUGACGGAUUUGGAUGGGCCAUGCUGGACUCGCCAGGAGGAGUGGAAGCAGAUUUUAGACAUUCUCUGGAGUGAUCCCAUGCCUCAGGAGGGCUGCACAGCAAAUACGGUGCGAGGUGGUGGCUGCUACUUUGGGCCUGAUGUGACAGGGAAGAUCCUCGAGAAGUACAACUUGCAGUUCCUCAUCCGCUCCCACGAAUGCAAGCAAGAGGGCUACGAGUUCUGUCACAAUCGGAAGGUGCUGACCAUAUUUUCAGCCUCGAACUACUAUGAGAUUGGCAGCAACAGGGGAGCCUACGUGAAGCUGGGACCAGACCUCGUCCCCCACUUUGUUCAGUACCAAGCGAACAAGACAGCCCAUACUCUCACGAUGACCCAAAGAAUCAGCAGAGUAGAGGAGUCAGCCUUUCGAGCCUUGCGGGAAAAGCUCUUUGCUCACACCUCAGCCCUCAUCAGCGCAUUCAAGGCCUACGAUAAGGACAAUACAGGAAGGAUCGCACUGAGCAACUGGGCGACGGCAGUGGAGUCAGUCUUGCACCUGGGAUUGCCCUGGCGAAUGCUGAGACCACAGCUGGUGCCCAGCACAGCUGACGGCAUGCUGGAAUACAAGUCCUGGCUCGACGACUUGGCCAUGGAGCAGCGGAGCCAAGAGCACAUCCAGUCGAGCUUGCUGGAAGUCAUUUAUCGAAACAGAUCCAACUUGGAGACCAUAUUCAGGAUCAUAGACAGAGAUCAUUCAGGUCUCAUCUCAUUUGAGGAAUUCCACCAAACCUGGAAGCUGUUCAGCGCCCACAUGAACAUUGAACUCACAGAUGACGGCAUCAAUGACUUAGUUCGCAGCAUUGAUUUCAAUAAGGAUGGAAACAUCGACUUCAAUGAGUUUCUAGAAGCCUUCCGCCUUGUCAAGCAGUCCCAGUAGCGAAAAACCAGUGAGGGUCACCAUGUCCAAUGCCUUGACUGUCCACAAAGCCAGGAGGACCGCCUCCUACCUCACUGCAGAGCGUGCCUGUGGAUGCGAAGCAGGGAAAGGGAAGGCAGGUACCUGUAGCACUUACUGGUUGAAAACAGUG